GGAAUGCGUCUCGAAGGUACAGUUUUGUAUAACAUACAGAUCGACAAACAACAAUGGCCUGCAAAUUCGUAAUCCUCGCCGCUACCUUGGCUUUCGCCAACGCCGGAUUCCUCCCAUCCGCACCAGCUGUAGCCUACUCUGCUCCAGCUGCCGUAGCAUACUCCGCCCCAGCCGUAGCCUACUCUUCCCCAGCCGUAGUCUCCAAAUCCAUCAGCUCCACAUCCCAAGUCCACCCAUCCCCUGUCUACUCCACCUACGCUGCUGCCGCUCCCAUUGUAGCUAAAGCCGCCUACGCUCCAGCUCCAGUAGCCUACUCAGCUCCUUUGGCUGCCCCCGUAGCCUACUCUGCACCGGCUACCUACGCCGCUGCCGCUCCAGUUGUAGCUGCCUACUCCGCUCCAGCUUUAUCCAAAUCUGUUGUAUCCACCUACACCAGCCACGGAGCUCCAUCUGUAGUAUCCGCCUACUCCGCCGCCCCAGUUGUAGCUAAGGCCGCGUAUGCUGCUCCAGCUGUAGCCUACUCCGCCCCUGUAGCUGCCCCAGUAGCCUACUCCGCUCCAUCUUAUGCCUACUCUGCUCCAGCUGCUUAUGCCUACUCCGCUCCAGUUGUAGCCAAGACCGCCUAUGCUGCUGCCCCAGCUUAUGCCUACUCAGCCCCCGCUGCCUAUGCCGCACCUGCCUGGUAAAUGGAGAAGAUGUCUUUCUGUAAAUUUAAUUUAUUGUAGUUAAAAUACUUAAAUUAUUAAACCAAAAAGGCCAUUGUACAUCGAACAUCCUGUAAAUAAAUUUCCAAUCACUUAA